GGCAAUUUGUCAUUACUGCCCCCCUUGAGAUUCUCGCAACAGCCGCUGUCCCAUUGUUGCUUUCUAUUUAUUGCCAUCUCAUUUACACGCUGGUUUUCCGUUCCAUCGCCAUAGCCACUUUUGCUCUCCCGGAGCUUUUAUACAUCACACAUAUAACUAGCUCGUGAUGAGCGGGAUUUGGCCCUUUUUCAACUCCUCGUUCUCCAAUGCCACUAUAAACAAGAUUCUGGCCGAAAUAGACUUGGAUCAGCAGCAACUUACUUCCAAACCACCAGAUCUUCAAUCUGUGGACCCACCAGCUGCUGCUCCAUCCAACCUGACUGCAUCACGAUUGUUGCAAACCAUCCAGGAAAAUGACCAUCUGCAGCAGUCCAUGCUUGAGUCUAGCAACCAGUCAAUUGAACGCCCCCACUUCAACGUGUCUCUGUUUAACAAACUCAUAGAUCAGCCUAAUCUCCUAGAUGAAAUUAACCUUGCCAAAAACCAGAAACUGAUUAGCUACGUGACACAGCCGGAAGUGCUGGAGACGUUAAUCGAAUACAUCCUCGUGUCAAUUAGUCUUUCACGGGACAGGUCGGCGUGUGAUUCCGGCCACAGCAUAUUCGAAGGCGAGAACAACGUCGAUGUCGAGAGCGAAGAGCAACCCAAGGAACUGGACAAGUACGAGCGGGCGUUGCAGCGUUCUGUGACAGCGAGCGAGAUCACCUUGCUUCUGAGCAGCAACAUAGCGUCAAUCCUGUUUGGCGACUCCAGUUUGCUAGAGAAACUGUGGUCCGGUUUUUUUGACCGCGACGUGGAGGAGUUUUUCCAUCCCUGCAAAGCAGUCCACAGCGAUGACGACAGCGAGACGGAGCAGGGGCCGACCGGCGAGGGCGCUAGCCUGGAGGACCAGCCAUUCAAGCAAACCCAUAACGUGACGCUGUUCAACAAUUUUCUCAAACUCAUAGACAGUCUUGCUACUGCCAAUAUGAACGAACUGAUGAAUUUUAUUCGGUUCCAGCAAAAAUCGGCCUUGAUUACAGACCAGUUUCUGAAGUUUGUACCGGAAUCGCCGACGAUAUGCGACCUACUAGUUAGGUUGAUAUCCACCGACAAACCGUACAAUCCCAACGGGCUGAUUGACAUAUUGAUGGACCAGAAUUUAAUUCUCAAUCUGCUGAAACUCGUGAAAAUAUACUAUUUGGAGCACCACGUCCAGGAUAACCUCUGCAAUCUGCUCAAUGGAAUUGUUGGUAUUAGCUCAAACGUUGGGUUCUGGGAGGACUCUACCCAACAGCAGCUGAACGAGUUUGGGGAGCCCCUGGACCCAGAGCAAGCGUCUGCUGCGCGAGCCAACAAUCCAAAUAUUGGUCCAAAUGACCUUACUAGACAGCUGGUGUCGCGCAAGUGCGUUUUGGAAAUGCUCGAUGUCUUGAUCAAUUAUGGGCAUUAUGGGCUGGUGACGGUUGUAUCCGUGGUGAUUGAGGUGAUCCGCAAGAAUAACUCUGAUUACGACGAGUUCGACUGGAUGCAGUCUGUGGAGGCUGUUGUAUUUGACGAGGAAGAGGAGGACGACGGUACAAAGAGAAUGACCAGGAACCUGCCAAACUCGAGAGAUCCUAUUUAUUUGGGAGUAAUGUUGAAGCUGUUUUCGAUCCAUCUGGACGAGAUCAAGGACAACUAUCUCACCGAAAAAUACUACAAACUGAAUACAGUGCAUGGGUUGCAGAGCUCUCUAGGCGAGAUAAUAGAGCCCCUAGGGUACGAGCGAUUUAAAGUCAUGGAGCUUAUUGCAGAGCUCUUGCAUUGUUCCAACAUGAUCCUUAUGAACAAGUCGUCAAAACUGGACUACUUGAUGUACAAGCGUGACCUAUGGAGAGACGUGAAGAAGACGGAGUCGCUGGUGAUGGAUGCGCUAAACGACGCGAUCAACCACGACAUCACCAAGCCGAUGGAAAAAAUGUCGCUCGAGGAUUCCUCGGCGACGGUGUCGGGCCCUUCAGGCGAAGAGUUUGUCAAGCUGCCGUUGGACAUGUCGAUUGGCAACUUUUUCAAGCUGCGGCUUCUUCAAACGAGCUGCAUUCCACUGAUUAUUCUUAAGCUCCAUAAAUUCCCAUGGAACAAUUUCAUGCACAACGUGGUGUUCGAUCUGGUGCAGCAGAUUUUCAACGGACGACUCGCCAACUGGGAUGAGGACCGGGCAUCCAAUCAGGAGGAAACUAGAUACGACGAUAACCUGAGCCUCAAUAAAGUGCUGAUCUGGUCGCUGUUUGGCGACUACGAGGCCUUCGACCUCAACGAGUACGAGUGCGACGAGGAGUAUCCCGGCUUCUUCAAUCUUCCCAACUAUAUUCUCUACUGUUUCAGCUACUCUGAGGAGUACGAGAGGCAGCACAACUUCAAGCUUGGCUACAUGGGCCAUCUGACUCUGAUAGCCGAGGAAAUACACAAGUUCCAGAAUUAUGUCGAGAACUUUGGUAUGACGAGAGAGGACCAGACAUUCGACGUGCUAAAGGACGACAACGACGUCACCAACCCGUACUAUUUGAAGUCGUCGUUUUAUAUCUUCAACUCGCUGUUUGACAAGCUCUUCGAGAGCACACAGUUCAAUGGCUGGAUAGAGUUCAUCAAUACCCAGCUCAAGGAGAUCAACGCGAUGUACAACAAGGUGCUGGGGAACCCUGCUGAGCUCAGCGACAGCGUCAUCGGCGAGGACGAGGAGGAUGUCUCUUCCACGCCGAUGACGAGCGACCGGAGCGUGAUAUUGCUCGACAACGGCGACAGCGAAGAGUUCCGCAACGAACUCGAGGUCAUUGAGGGUGAGGAACAGGAUGUCGACGGCGGCGACUUACGACCAAUGACAGACGAAGAAGGUGAUAGGGGCAGAAGAAAGUAAUAUGUACAUUAUGAUGAUGACGAGAUGAACGGCACGUAGGCCAAAUUAUUUAUUUUUUUCACCAUUUUCGCCCGUAGGUCUCACUUUCUUGACUUUUCCAUUAGGAAGACGCCUGAUUGUUCCCUUGUCCGCUUUGUCGUGCGUUCUGGGCUUCUUUUCAAGCUUAGAGAUCGCCCAGAACACAAACCUGACAACCAGCAUGUCUCGCCACGUGACCUCUUCCACGUCGUCCGGGGUGACUGGCAGCAGAACCUCGUCUUUAUCCUUCUUUGCGCGUCUUUGUUUCCUAUUUUUCGGUUCUGCUUCCCUUCUGAAGAUCUGACGGCCGUCCUCGUCGACGAUGUAGUCCUCACCCUCCUUCAGCUCUUUGUCGACGAGCCACACAGAACCGUCAAAUUUGACCACAAAGAGCUUGUCCAUAUGGGCGACUCGUUGGUCGCUAAAGUUUGUUCCCGGCAGCAUUGAUGGCCCAAAUGCUUUGGUCUUCAGAUCGGCGAUCAGAUUCUGCACCCUUUUGCGUUUCUGCUGUGUGUUCAGCUUGAGCAUGAUGUAAUGAACGGCCGAGAAAAGAAGGACUACCACGACCAAUGCCAGCACGGGCCCGGGCCUGAAUUUGCUAAGCGCAAAGCCGGUGCCAGUGUACGCUGGAAAGCCGUGUUUGAGGUAGUAAUCGUAGCGCUCCUUGCGUUCUCCUCUGAGAAUGGCUCCGAUAAGAGAGAGACGUUGGAAACGCUGUUCGGCCGCCUUUUUCCUGCGCUCAAACGCCUUCUGAGACAUCCCCUCCUUUCGGCGGACCUUGUCAGGAUGCAGUUUGCGGCUCAUCUUUUUGUAGGCCUUGUUGAUCUCGUCGUAGGACGCUUUGGGCCCAUUCGAAAGACCGAGAUACUCGUAGAAGUUGGUUUCCUUCUUGGUAUCCUGGACGAGCUCGUGUUGCAAUUUGAAAAUUUCAAGGUCCUCGGCCGACCACGCGGCAAACACGGUAGCG